AACAGAUGCCAUUUCCGCGAGGCUUUCGACUUUUUCGCACUUCUAUGUCGGGCGAAAAGAUCGUCGAGGGCGUCUUCGCCGUUCACAAGCCGCAAGGCGUCACCUCCGCCGAUGUGAUUCGCACCUUGCAGAAGCAUUUCAACCCCUCCAAGACCUUCAAGCCAUGGCUUGAUGAGGAGAAAGCCCGCCGGGAUCGUGAGAGCAAGUUCCAGAAAAAGCGCCGCCGUCAUCCCAAGCGAUGCGAAGUUAAGCUGGGACAUGGCGGAACAUUGGAUCCGCUUGCGACGGGAGUGCUCGUCGCCGGUGUGGGCAAAGGCACAAAGUCACUGCAGGACUUCCUGACAUGUACCAAGUCCUACGAAACAAUUGUCCUCUUCGGUGCCGAGACAGAUACCUACGAUCGACUGGGGAAGAUCGUGCGCCGGGCCCCGUACGAGCAUGUUACGCGCGAGGCUGUCGAGAAGGCACUGGAGCAAUUCCGUGGAAAGAUUAUGCAGCGACCUCCUAUCUUUUCGGCACUGCGAGUGCAGGGAAAGCAUUUCUAUGAAUACGCGCGUGAAGGCAAAAUGCCGCCGGUCGAGAUCAAGGAGAGACCGGUGGAGGUCGUGAGCAUGGAUGUUGUGGAAUGGUACGAGCCUGGAACUCACGAAUUCAAGUGGCCCGAGGAAGAGAUGACUGGUGAUGAGAAGAUUGUUUGCGAGCAGCUUCUGGACAAGGAAUCAUUGCCUGCGGCUUCAGAAGGUGAAUCUGCCGGCCAUGAGUCAUCCAACAAGCGCAAGUCGCCCCCUCCUGCAAAUCCCACCCAAGAGGAAGAUCAAGAAGCGGGCAAAAAGCAAAAAGUUUCCGAGGACGGUGCGGCGCAAGCAGUGGCACCUGAACCUAUCGCCCCGGAGCCGGCCACAGAAGAGGCUCCCACCACACAUGUCGAGCAGCCGCGACCCCAGCCGGCAGCCGUGAAGAUUAGUAUGACUGUCACUUCCGGUUUCUACGUCCGCUCGCUGGCGCACGAUUUAGGCAAAGCCGUUGGCAGCUGUGGCCUGAUGAGUGAGCUUGUGCGGAGUCGCCAAGCUGACUUUGUACUCCAACCCGACAAGAUCCUGGAGUAUAAAGAUCUGGAAGCGGGCGAAGAGGUUUGGGGCCCAAAGGUGCAGAAGUUCCUUGAGGAGUGGGAGAACAAGAGGGCUACCAAGGCAGAGGCUCAAGCCGCGGAAGCUCAACAAUAG